UCAUCGGCAAUCCUCCGACUCGUUCCUGGUCGCGUCUCUUACGCCAUUUCGUAAAGAAAACCUCGGAAAGAUUGUGACGCAUGCGACGUUGAGUUCUGUAGCAUUGACAUUAACAUUUGCAAUCGUAUUUUUGUGCUUCCUGCAAGCAGAACUCGUCUUCGAAUCGCCCAAAAAGUGCCGCGAUGGGGGAGGAUUUUAAUGGAGACCGCGAUCGGCAAGACCGUGACAAGGAUAGAGAUAGAGACAGGGACAGGGAUAGAAGACACAGAUCGCGUAGCAGAGAUCGUAGGAAGAGAUCUCGUACUCGAUCCAAGGAUCGCAGGGAUCGGAAAAGGAGCAGUUCUCCGAAAAAGAGUCGCAGCUCGAGAAGGAGGAAGCCGUCGUUGUAUUGGGAUGUACCCCCUCCGGGAUUUGAGCACAUUACUCCAUUGCAGUAUAAAGCUAUGCAGGCCGCGGGUCAGAUCCCAGCAAAUAUCGUAGCCGACACUCCACAGGCAGCAGUGCCCGUCGUCGGCAGUACGAUAACUCGACAGGCACGGAGAUUGUACGUCGGAAACAUUCCUUUUGGCGUCACCGAAGAGGAAAUGAUGGAGUUUUUCAAUCAACAAAUGCAUCUGUCCGGUUUAGCCCAAGCAGCUGGAAAUCCAGUUCUUGCUUGUCAAAUCAAUCUCGAUAAGAAUUUUGCCUUCCUCGAGUUUCGAUCCAUCGACGAGACGACACAGGCAAUGGCAUUCGAUGGAAUAAAUUUCAAGGGACAGAGUUUGAAGAUCAGAAGACCUCACGACUACCAACCCAUGCCCGGAAUGACGGACAAUCCUAGCAUGAACGUUCCAGAUUCGCCACACAAGAUCUUCAUCGGCGGUUUACCGAACUACUUAAACGAGGAUCAGGUGAAGGAGCUGCUCAUGAGCUUUGGCCAGCUGCGGGCCUUCAACCUGGUCAAGGACUCGGCCACCGGGCUCUCCAAGGGCUACGCCUUCUGCGAGUACGUUGACGUGUCCAUGACGGACCAGGCGAUCGCAGGACUCAACGGGAUGCAGCUGGGUGACAAGAAGCUGAUAGUGCAGCGGGCCAGCGUGGGCGCCAAGAACCCGAUGAUCGGGGCCCAGGCCCCGGUGCAGAUCCAGGUGCCCGGCCUCUCCAUGGUCGGCACCAGCGGCCCCGCCACCGAGGUGCUCUGCCUCCUCAACAUGGUGACGCCCGAGGAGCUCAUGGAGGAGGAGGAGUACGAGGACAUCCUCGAGGACAUCAAGGAGGAGUGCAACAAGUACGGCGUGGUGCGCUCCGUGGAGAUACCCAGGCCCAUCGAGGGCGUCGACGUCCCCGGAUGCGGAAAGGUCUUCGUCGAGUUCAACAGCGUCAUCGACUGCCAGAAGGCGCAGCAGACCCUCACCGGAAGGAAGUUCAACAAUCGCGUGGUGGUCACCUCCUACUUUGAUCCCGACAAGUAUCAACGUAGAGAAUUUUAGACCCUCCGCCCCGCCACUUUUUGGUUUCUGAUCGAGAAAGCGGUCGGUGGCGGGCUCGCCUGUAAUCUCGCGCACCACCGAAUAAUUCCGAGGUCGGCGCACGGAGGUCUCGUUUUCUUUAGGCGACGAGGGGAACGUCGUCCGGCGGGGGUAAAUGACGUCGAAUCGGGUCUUCGAGCGGGUCGGGACGAUCCCUUCCUCCGAUAAGUUAAACGGCGCCGCGUCGAUCAGGAAAUGGAUAAUAAUCAUGGCAGUUUCUCGCGCAGAGAGAGAGAGGAGCAUUGGAAUAUCACUUUACGUUUUCAAAGUGUUACGAAUAUCGAUUGAAAAUAGCUUGAUUUCCGCGAGCAGCGUUUGGCCCGAAAGGCACGACGAAGACUCGACGAACGAUCGUUCGCCGUGGCCGACAACGGCAUCGAAUUUCACGUUACCUGCUAUCGGGGAUGGAUUAUCGGCCGGCGAUCAAUUUGCGAAUAAAUAUCUAAGACCGUCCUUGUGUUUUCUACAAGAAUCGAUUACUCUUUGACUUCGGCGGACGGUUUUUGUUGUCGAAAACCGUGCACCGUCCAGGACAGAUUCCUACUUUAGAGGGUAGGACGGCGAAACGCGGCUCGGCCUCCCUUCGACGACGAACGCGGACCUCGCGGUUCCCGUUCACAAGCCCUUACACUCCACCGAGGUGGAGUCGCCGUCGGGGCAAUGCGCGCGUUUUAUAAAGAGAAAGGAAACUAAUUAAGUCGCGUCGAGCAACGGCCGUCGGCGAUCUCUCGCUGUCCGGAAAUCUACUUAUUAGCAAUUAGUCGAUUAGUCCGACCGAGGCGCUGCCAAUAAAAGAAAGGGGAAUCUUCCGCACGA